CGCGAUAGCGUCUUCAUCUCGAGCAGCUUGGCUCCGGCGCAAGCGGAGGCAGGUGAGAUGCGUACACGCCAUUCACCCCGUGAAGCAAUACAGGCAAAGCUUAAGAUGUGGGCCCCUGUGCGCGCCCGAUAAGGCAUGUCCUGCUGCUUUCCAACCUUGCCAUACCAAUCCCAUCCCAGACGCCGCGCUUACACAGGAGGGCGUGGCUGGUCUGGUUCCUCAUCCUCCACCUACCGACCGGGUAUGCAUGUCACAACGCCCUCCAACCUCGCCAUGUCUGGUCUGUGGCCGGAAGAAUUCCACCACGGGUACACGCCCACAACGGCAGGUCAUCACACGCGUAGCGGCCGCGCUCAAUCCUCCUGCCCCCUACGGCAGCGUCCCGCGAACGAGGUCCUGGAUUGCGGGUUUGCGUGCGCCGUGUCUUGGUCGUGUGUGUUUCGCGUAUCUGUAGUAGUAUCGGGGCAACGGAGAGGAGGUGGAUGUGAUCGUCUCGGAGGGUUGAUGGUGUUUUGGGGGAGUGACCGAUGCGGUGGUUGGGCACGUGGGUCACUUGCGGAUCAUGACGGUCGGUAUCAUGACGAUGUGCAUUGUGGAGAGGUGAGGCAGACACGUGCUGGCCGAGGUUGAGCGACUAUCUACCUGAGUAAGGAUCGUGAUGUCUCGAAUGGGAGAUGUGCACCUCCUUGUUCCGGUCUAGCGGGGUUGUCUUACCCAAGCGACACUGUGGUACUUGCUCAUAUACCACAGUCCCAGCAGGACGUACCCACAGCGUGGACGGUUAAGUAAUAUGCCAUGGGCUGUACACAGUAGUGAAGUCAGACUGCUGUGGCACAGAAGCUUGGCCGAUACUCCGCCGAAGUGGAGUGAUGGGGAGACUCGUACCUUUUAGAUUAGCUUCAGCCGAUUACUUCUGGUGAGAUUGCUUUACUGUGGCACAGGUACUUGGCAAAUGAACCGCCGGAGUGGAGUGGUUAGUAAGAAA